AUGAUGUCCAGCGACGCCGUAUCAGCGAGUGCCUCGACGCCAAUGCCGUUUGUUUACGUGAACGGCGACCGGCUGUCGCUGAUGGAAGACUACCGCCUUCCCCUGUAUCAGUACUUUCCCGAGGGUACGAAGCUCUUCGACCCGACGCAUGUGCCGCCGCGCGAGGUGCCACUCUCCACCUCGGCUGAUGAGACGGGUGUCACGCUGCCAAAGCUGCUGCCGAACGCGCAGUACCACGCCUUCUUCAAAGACCCCCGCACUGGGUCCCUCUACGCGACCGCCACUAAGUAUGUCUGCAUCUACGUCUCCAACCUGCCCUUCAAUACGACCCCCGAGAUGCUGGGUCGCUACUUUGAAACGUUUGACAUGGUGAAGGAGGCGGAUGUGUUUCCGGGCCCAAACGUGAACUGCAACGGUCGCGGUUGGGUUAUCCUGCAGGACCCCAGCAAACUGCUCAUCAUUCCACGUGUCCUUCAGUUCUAUGGAAAGCAGUUCAUCUACACCGAGCUGAGCGAUCGCGAGCCCGCGAGAGAAAAGAUCUACCAUUUAUUGUCGGAGCCGGUGCUGCCGCCGCCGCCCCCGUCGCGUGCCCACAUCAUCCCACACCGCAUCGACGUCCCUCCGCCGCCACCACCGCUACCGCCACAGCACAACCCCAAUGUUCCAGCGCCGCGCAGCAGCAUCAUGGUGGAGCGGCGUCUUCUACCGGCGGCACUCACCCCCAUCGGCGGCGGGCUUGAUUAUGAUGGUCCAACCCUUCCGGCUCCGCGAAGUCAGCAGCGCCUGCAGGCGUCGACGGCAGUAGCAUCCACCGGGUCCUCGUCCAGCCCCCUUGCAGCAGCGGCAGCCGCUUCACUGCACGGCAACGGCGUCGCCAAGGCGCAACAGGCGGCAACCUUUAUCACGUACAUCACGGAGAAGGACGCCGAGGACGCCGUGCGAGACGAGUACUUCUGGCCGAACCCCGUAUUCGCUGAUGAGAUGCAGAGCUGCAUGGAGGCUCGCGGCUCGGCCUUCGUCGUCUUUCUUCUAUCUAGCCCCCCCACCGUCUUUGGGUACGCGCGAGUGCUGCCAAAGGGGGCGCCCGCGCGGCGGGAGGCGAAGACUUGCCCGAUUGAGUGGUUGCAGCAUCACUGCGCCAUCUCAGAGGCCAGCACACGAUCGUUGGACGGGGUGCUGCUCUUUAAGCAGCGCGACGGCUCGCGGCUGAGGCUGGACACAGGCACUCAACUGCUCGACCUCAUUGAAAGCCAUUGUGGCAAGGCAGAGCAGUACUUUGUUCCGUCGCCCACUGGGCCAAGCAUCCCACUGCCACGUGGGCGUGGUGGGGUCGUUCGCGGCGGGCGUAGCGUUGCUAGGCCGCCGCCGCCACCGCCACCGAUCGGCCGUGGCCGGGGCGUCGGCUGCAUGACAAACCCGCCAGCUCCAAUCAGCGAUAGCGGCCUUGCCAUCCCGGUGCCCGCCAGCCGGCGUAAUCAGGCGAACAACAGCAGCACCAACGCGAAUGGCUCCACGAGUCCGCCAGGCGGCACCGGCAGCGGCAACUCCCGCGAGCAAUCGCCGACAUCGCUGUCCAUCAAGUUACCAGCUCCGGCGUCUGCACGAGCAGCCGCGGUGGCCGUUGCCGUAGGAGCAGUGACGUCCAACGGACACGGCCUUGGGGGCAGCAGCAACGGAAACAGCUCCAGCCACGACGGCAGCUCCUCCCCCACGGUCCCCCCGGCUCCUCGCUCAAAGAAGUCGUAUGUCCAUUAA